AUGGCUGAUAGGUACUCUUUCUCGUUGACUACGUUUUCCCCUAACGGAAAAUUGGGGCAGAUAGACUAUGCGUUUACGGCGGUGAAGCAAGGUGUGACAUCGAUCGGUAUCAAGGCGACUAAUGGUGUGGUGAUAGCGUCGGAGAAGAAGUCGUCUUCGCCUUUGGCACUUACUGAAACACUGUCGAAGGUUUCGGCUAUAACGCCGGACAUCGGAGCUGUUUAUUCUGGGAUGGGACCUGAUUUUAGAGUGUUAAUCGACAAAUCGAGAAAAGUAGCACAUACCAAUUACAAGAGAAUCUACGGGGAGUAUCCUCCUACAAAGCUGCUUGUGUCGGAAGUGGCCAAGAUCAUGCAGGAGGCAACGCAAUCGGGAGGUGUGAGACCGUUUGGAGUUUCGCUACUUGUAGCAGGUUAUGACGAGCAUAGCGGGUUUGGCUUGUACCAGGUGGAUCCGUCAGGCUCGUACUUUCCUUGGAAAGCCACUGCGAUAGGGAGGGGUUCAACGGCGGCCAAGACUUUUCUGGAGAAAAGAUGGAAUGAGGAGCUGGAACUCGAAGACGCGAUUCACAUCGUUCUCUUGACGCUAAAGGAGUCCGUGGAGGGCGAAUUCAAUGGCGAGUCCAUUGAGAUUGCAGUAGUCGGUGAGGAGAAUAAAGAUAUGCUUGGUUACACAGGCGUUCCCACAGAUAAAGGACCAAGAUUCAGACGACUAACUGCACAAGAGAUUGACGAUAGGUUAGAUGCAUUAUAG